AUGGCUUUGGAAGUUAUCAUUGUCGGAGCAGGCAUAGCAGGAUUGACAGCCGCCACAUCUAUCCGCCGAGCUGGACACAACGUGCGGAUAUACGAGCGGUCCUCCUUCAACAAUGAGAUCGGCGCUGCUAUUCACGUCCCACCGAAUGCAUCCCGGGCUUUACUUGCUUGGGGAUUGAAUCCCGAAGGCGCCAGGUUUGUGACAGUCAAGUCUAGCUUUCGUGCCAAUGCCAAAACGCUUGAGCGCGUCCACGUGGGCACCACAGAGAGCGAGGUUCCAACAAAGUAUGGCUCGCCUUGGUACUUUGCGCACCGGGUUGAUUUGCAUGAAGAGCUGAAGAGGCUUGCUACGGAAGAGAACGGACAAGGUAAGCCUGCAGAGGUUAAUUUAAGGUCUGAGGUGGUCAAAUAUGAUGCAGAGACUCCGUCCAUCACCCUUGCCAAUGGCGAGACGGUGCAUGGCGACGUUGUCAUAAUAGCAGAUGGGAUACACUCCCUGGGCGUUGAGGUCAUGACCGGAAAGUCAAAUCCUCUUGAACCAUCUAGAAACGCCUACAAUUUCUGCUACCGGUUUCUGAUAUCCACCAAUGACAUUGAAAAUGACCCGGAAACAAGAUUCUGGAAUGAAGGGGAUGAUGGCCGCAUGAAACUUUUCGUGGGAAACAUGAAGAGGCUGGUCUCGUACCCUUGCCGCAAGUGA